AUGAACCUUUCUACCGCCAGUGUUUAUGCCUCGUUCAUGCUUCUCGCCUUUUUCCAUGUCACCUCCUCAAUGGAGGUUCUUGUCGAGCCAGAGGUGAUCUCUGUAGAAGAAGGCAAAGGGAUGGAAGAAGUCAUGAAUAAAAUUUCAAAUGAUCCCAGGCUAAGCUGUUACAUAUGUAUGGACUACCUGCGACGUAAGGCGAAUGAUUCAGUGGUGAUUUUGGAAGAAGGCCAGCUACCAUUGAACGCUACUGAGGUUUGCGGGAACUUGCCGGAUAACCUACAGUGCUCUACUACCAACACUGAUGUCGUAAACGUUGCCUACAAGCCCCCGCAGAACUUUGAGGAGUUGUGCCGAUUAUACGUUGUCGAUUCUUGCAAGGCUACUCAGCAGAGUAAUAUCAUCAAUGCUCCUUUCGGUAUAUUUGCGUGUCAACUUAUCAAAGUGCUCGAACAGAUCAGAAAUCUUCCUACGUUGGCAAAAGCGAUGUCCAAAGAAAUGAAGAAAAGCAACCUUGAAAAC